ACGAGCUAGCUAUAUUAGCAAACCGACAUGGCUUUAACUUCCAGGCGAUUGUGAAGCAUGUUAGCGGUGUUUUGGAGUAAAUCUGACUCAAGCGUUAAAGAACAACACGGUGCCAAUGUGUGACAACACGAACAGUUUCUGACAGUUACAUGUUUACUUACGAAAUGCUGACGAGCCGGUAGCGAGUGCAGGCGGUUAGCGGCGCUGGAAGCUGACUGUUGAUCACUGAUGUCCUCCAGCCGUGCAGCGAACAUGUCGACAAGUUAUCCCACACCUGUUUACCGACACGCCGGACGUGGACAGUUCCGGGACGUUUACGAGCCGGCGGAAGACUCUUUCCUGUUGAUUGACGCCCUGGAGAAAGACGCCGAGCGGCUGCAGCUGAUGAGCCCUUGUGUGUGUCUGGAGGUGGGCAGCGGCUCAGGAGUGGUGUCGGCAUUUCUGGCAUCGGUGGUCGGCCCUUCAGCUUUGUAUCUUUGCACUGAUGUGAAUCCUGCAGCAGCGCAGUGCACAGCAGAGACGGCCUCCUGCAACAGCGUUUCACUGCAGCCUGUCAUCACAUCCCUGGUGGAGUGUCUUCUGCCCCGCCUUAGUGGUAAAGUGGACGUCCUACUCUUCAACCCUCCAUACGUGGUCACACCUUCAGAAGAGGUUGGCGGCACGGGUAUCGAGGCCGCCUGGGCCGGAGGGAGGCGAGGACGAGAGGUGACCGACAGAUUUCUGCCCCUGGUAGCCCAGUUGCUCUCCGGUAAAGGGUUGUUUUACCUCAUCACCAUUGCUGAGAACGAUCCUGAGGAGAUCGUCCGUUUGCUGGGCCAGUGUGGUUUGAGGGGAGAGUCCUGCUUGUCUACAAGAGCUGGAAAUGAGAGGCUGUCUGUCCUGCGCUUCCACAGGAGCCAACAAACACAGAACUGUCUCAAAUAAAUGCUCUGACACUUUGAACUGACCAUCAGCGAGUAGAAGCAUGUUCAGGAUAACACAGGGCGCAGUAAUUUCUGCAAGAAGCCAUCAGACGACUGCUGUGCUUCUGCAGAACAAACGCAGCAGUUCUGCAAGACCCUGGCGAAAGGACUAAGGUGCCUGUAAUGGACUGAUGAAUUUAAUGUGUUUCCAGAACAAUAAAAAAAAAAAAAAAAAAAGCUGCAGAAAUUGACUCCCUGCAU